GGAGGAGGAGGCGGCGGCGCGCCGGGCCGAGCCGGCGGCGGGAGGAGCUUGUGAUGUCAUCAGUGGAAGCGAAAACAUCUACCUCGUGACCUGGCAUGAUGCGUCAGGAUGAAACGCCACAGGCAUCUAAGCACCAGUGACAGUUCAGACAAUGAGAGUCCUUCCACUUCCUUUUCUUCUUGUUCUAAAUACAGGAGCAAGUCAAAAACACCAGCAAAUGAACAAAAGAAGCCUGCUGAGGUGUUCCGCAAGGAUCUCAUUAGUGCCAUGAAACUACCAGAUUCUCACCAUGUCAACCCUGAUGAGUACUAUGUCUUUGCGGACACGUGGAAACAAGAAUGGGAGAAAGGGGUUCAAGUUCCAGCCAGUCCCGAAACUAUUCCACAGCCUUCUCUCAGGGUUGUAGCAGAAAAAGUGAAAGAAGUACUGUAUACACGACCGAGGAAAUACAUCCACUGUUCCAGCCAAGAGCCCACAGAACCAGGUUACAUCAACAUUUUGGAACUGGCAGAAUCUGUGUGUCGCUAUGACUUGGAUGAUAUGGACAUCUUUUGGCUUCAGGAGCUAAAUGAAGAGCUGACAGAAAUGGGAUGUGGGCCCCUAGAUGAAAACACAAUGGAAAAGACAAUUGAAGUGCUGGAACGGCAUUGUCAUGAGAAUAUGAAUCAUGCGAUUGAGACUGAAGAGGGGUUGGGUAUCGAAUAUGAUGAAGAUGUCAUCUGCGAUGUGUGCCGGUCCCCCGACAGUGAAGAUGGGAAUGACAUGGUGUUUUGUGACAAGUGUAAUAUUUGUGUCCAUCAGGCGUGCUAUGGAAUCUUAAAAGUACCCGAAGGGAGCUGGCUGUGUCGCACCUGUGUCCUGGGAAUACAUCCUCAGUGCCUCCUGUGUCCCAAAAGAGGAGGUGCCAUGAAAGCUACCAGGACAGGGACCAAGUGGGCACAUGUGAGCUGUGCUCUUUGGAUUCCAGAGGUUAGUAUUGCUUGCCCAGAAAGGAUGGAGCCAAUCACCAAGGUGUCUCACAUUCCACCAAGUCGAUGGGCUCUAGUGUGUAGUUUAUGCAAACUGAAAACUGGUGCUUGCAUUCAGUGUUCCGUGAAAAGCUGCAUCACUGCCUUUCAUGUCACCUGUGCCUUUGAGCAUAGCUUAGAAAUGAAGACUAUCCUGGAUGAUGGGGAUGAGGUCAAGUUCAAGUCAUAUUGUCUAAAGCACAGCAAGAACAAACAAAAUUCGCUGCCUGAUGUUGAGGAGCACCCCAAGAGCGUGUCAGAGCAGAAGCAAACAGAGAGCGAGAAAACGAGUUUACGAGCCCAAAAACUCAGAGAGCUGGAAGAAGAAUUUUACUCAUUAGUUAAAGUGGAGGAUGUUGCAGCAGAGCUGGGCCUUCCUAAACUUGCUGUAGAUUUCAUCUACAAUUACUGGAAAUUAAAGCGAAAAAGUAACUUUAACAAACCAUUGUUUCCUCCCAAGGAGGACGAAGAAAAUGGCUUGGUGCAGCCAAAAGAAGAUAGCAUUCAUACUCGCAUGAGGAUGUUCAUGCAUUUGAGGCAGGACCUAGAGAGGGUAAGAAAUCUCUGCUACAUGGUAAGCAGGAGAGAGAAACUGAAGUUGUCCCACAGUAAAGUACAUGAACAGGUCUUCAAUUUGCAAGUCCAACUCAUUAAUCAGGAAAUCGCUGCAGGCCAUACCCUGACAAGUGCACUAGAGAACACACUGUUCUAUCCACCUCCCAGGAUCACCCUAAAGUUAAAAAUGCCCAAAUCAGCAUUAGGAGAUUGCAAAAAUAACUCGCUGAAGCCUGGCAACAGACCGCUUUCUCCUGAAAACAACAGUACUGUUUACAGCAAACGGAGUGUGCCGAUGUCAAAGGAAUCAUUUGAAAUUAAAGCAAAAUCUUACACCAGGUAUCAGCACGACAGCAGAAGUAAUGGGUUGCUGGCAGGGAUCGGCAAGCCUCGGAGUGAGGCAAAGGAUUCUGGUCCCACGCAGAUGAUGGAGUUUCACCGGAGUCAGCCGUCCGGGAAGCCUUUAGCGCUCCAGGCUGCUUUGCAUGGACAGUCUUCCAUUGGGAAUGGGCGGGUGCAGCAAGAGAACUCAAGGCUGAUGGCCAAGUCCAAUGGUCUGAUGGGCAGGGCUGGAGACGUGAGCCAGAGAGACAGCUCCAGCCAGACGCCCUAUGAACAAGAGUCCAUGCUCACAGCUCACUUGGCCAGCCAGAGCGGUUUCAGAAAAUCCACCAUAGAACAUUUUAGCCGGUCCUUUAAAGAGGCUACCAAUAGUCUAGUGAGGACCACGGAAGAUCUCCGGUGCUGUGAAAAGCCAACAAGAAGACUUGCAACAAAAGAUCGCUUGUGGAGCAAGCAGACACUUGAAGGUGCUCCAUACCAGGACAACGAUGGGUACUGUCCUGACUUAGAGCUGAGUGACUCUGAAGCAGAAAGUGAUGAAAACAAAGAGCAAGUGAGGUUAAGACGAAGUAGCUCAGAGAGAGAAAGCCCAAUGAACUUGUACUGGCAGAAGACCUCAGCUGAUGCUCUCUGUGAAGGCACCCCCCUCCAUGGAUUCCUCCCUGCUUCUACCUUUCAGCAAGCCUGGAUUAGCCAUUACAGAGAAGACAAAGCAGGAGUACUGUCCUGUGUAACUAGAGAUCCAAGCUCAAAAUACGUGGCACAGAGUUUGUGUUGUAACCUGGUGCUCGCAGAAGCUGUUAAUUUUCUCCCAAGGUGUGUGCCAACACACAGCUUGUUUUGAUGCCUCCAAACCAUGCUGGCAAAUGCUGAAGUCAGCAAGGAGCAGAGAGACUGGUGAGGUGGGUUGAGGGUGUGAGUAUCUCCUGCUGCUACUAGAUUCAGUAAGCUGUUGCAUUGGCCAAGUAUCCCAAAUGGGGCCUCAUAGUGUGCAAGGACAAUGGGAGAGCAGCAAACAUGGCUUAGCUUUGUAAGAAUUGAUAAUUGUGCUUCAUUGUACUUAAUGAAUUCUUUGCAUACAGUUUUUUAAACCUCUGGAUCUUCUUUCCUAGUUGUAAAAUGUAUAAAGAAGGAGAGAUGUGGGUUUUUUUUUUCUGGAUGUUUUUCUGUGUUGGCAGUUGCUGAUAAUUUGCUUGCCUCACAUUUGAGAUGAAAUCCUUCUGUCAGGAUUGUUGUAUGACACAGCAGUAGAGACAGAAAGAGAAAAUUCAAUGCUAAGCACUGAAGUAAUGCCAUGCAAGCCUGUGAAAUAAAAGCCUAGCUGCUCAGGUAAGGUUAAUAAAGUUAAUAAAGUUAAUUAAGUUAAUAAAUAUCACGUUAGUUGUCCAUUGAGAGAAGCCUACAUGAAAGAUGUGCUGGUAAGGUCAUGUAGGCCCUGAACUUUCCAAAUAUACCCCUGAAAGAGAAAAAUGUGACCAAGUGCAGCCUGGGCUGUGAGCACCUGCUUUAUGAAUAAAGGCAACUGAGUAAAAAUCUUUGCCAGGAGAUAAUUGCCAAGAGGAGAGUGUAUGUUAAGGAACAGAUAAAAUCUGUAACAGGAGUUGUGCAGGCAGCUACCUGCUAAAAGACUAUGGCUGUGUGCAGUGCCCCUCAAAUAAUGGGGCUGCUCCACAUGCCAGCUCAAAACAAGAAUCUGGAUGUGGGAGACGCAACUUUAGGAGCAGCAAAGUUAAUUCUCGUUUGUGAAGACAGUGGUGAGCCAGCCUGUGCCUGAUUGGUGAAUCCUGAGUUGCCAGGAGGAGACGCACAACACAAGGAGGAGUGAGACUGAAGUUGCUUGACAUCACUGAUGCCUACAGGGAUAACCGAAUCCAAGUCAAAAGGCAAUAUGUCAUGGGGUGCUGAAGAGGAGAGCUGGGAUUUAAAAAGCACCCUUUCCUUUAUGAUUUGAGGCCUGGGAGGUGAAGUGGUCAUAGCACAGAGAUAAGCAGGCACAACAGAGAACUGCAUCUGGAAAUUUUGAUGCCAGCUGUUUGCCUUGCGCCUUUGGAAGUCAUAAGGGCUUUACAACACAGGGAGUAAG